AUGUCUGUACUGGUGGGGAUGGUGGAAGGCAUGCCCAUUUCAGAUGGCUCUACCCUUUCAGUCUUUGGUCAAUUGGCCUCACACACAGGAAGACCAAUAUCUGUCAGUUUGAAGUGUAUUGGCUCCCCAUUUUCCCUGUCAAGUACAUGGGUCACUUCCGACAUCCAAGAAAAAAAUUUCCAGGCAUUCCAAGCAGAACUGACCAUGCAGGCAGAGUUGAUGGUGACAUCCCUUGCCACUAGGUGUAAUAAUGCUCAUCUGCAUAACCUUGGUCUGGAUUUGCUCAUCUUGUGGGCAAAGCUAUGCUGUGCCCAAGCUGAGAUGGAGCUCUACAUGAUGGCCAUUGAAAAUUCUCAUGUGUGCAGCUUCUGUGACAAUAGUUUCUCAACAUCCCCAGAUCUGAUUGUUCCACGAUGUCUACCUGAGGAAGUAGACCUUAUCCAGGAUCAUGAGGAUGAUGAAGAUGAGGAUGACGACGGUGAUGGCUCGGGCAGCAAAGACUAUGAUGAUAUUGACAUUUGGGUGCCAUGA